CAAUUUUCAAUUCAGGACAAUGUUGUUGUUGUUUUUUUUUUACACUGUUAACUUGGUUGUUCAAAUUAGACACAGAUCUGGCAACUUCAGAAAGCAAAGAAUGCUCUUAAUUCCAUGUAAUUUAAGUGCAGCUACUUGUUUGUUUCUUGAGUGUUACCUUUUAAUAGACAAUAGUUUAGAUUUAUUAUGCAUGUAUGUACAAUUAGUAUUGAAGUAAAAGUGGACAAAUUCUGCUGAUUUUUUAAAUUGAAAUAAAAUGUCAAUGUCAAAUAAACUAUUGAUUUAAAAUGUAAAUCGACGUAAACUGAUUCAAAAGUUCCGACUGGCUACGUCAUCGAAUACGCAACCAAUCAGCGACAGGCUAUGUUCCAAUCGCGGAAGCAACUCGGAACAGCUGCGGGAGCAAAAGUUGAUGCUGUCAUUUGAUACAUAAAUUCAGCCUAAACGAUAUGUAAACAAUUAAAACAGCACAAAAGACAACUCCUAUAGUUUCGGUCUAAAUGGCUUUUUCCUGGUCUCGUGUCGCGCCGCUUUGUCUAGUGGUUUUGGCACUUGCUGUCGCCAUCGUCGGACAGAAUUACGCGCCCUCACCCGCUCACGCGCUCGUCUCCGCAGCGGCGCCGCCUCCGCUGACCCCCGCGCUCGGCGUCUGCGUCCUGGCCGGGGUGUGGCUCCUGUGGCGGGGCACCGGGUCGAAGGCUGGAGGCGGACAGCGCACCUUCGGCGGCCUCCUGCGUCACUACGCGGCGGUGAAGGCCGUGCGCUGGCUGGGCGAGCGGCAGCGGCGCAAACUCGAAGCCGACGCGCGCAACGUGACGCAAGUUCAGGAGGAGACUCUGCUCAAACGUCUGCGCAAGAACGCAAACACGUGUUAUGGAAAACAGUACGACUUCCGCUCAAUGAAUGGUGAGAAGUGGCAAACCACAAAACCUUUUCUCUCAUUUCCUGCAAACACGCACAUCCGUGUUUUGCACCACACUGUGCUGCUGCCCUUCACGGUGGCUGAUGCGCUUUCAGGCAGCGGCGGCUUCCGGGCGCAUCACCCCGUCACCACGUACGAGCACUACCGCGAGCUCAUCGGGCGCGUCGCUGCAGGAGAGGACAAAGUGCUGAUCGCUGAGGAGCCCUCGCUGCUCGCCGUGACCUCCGGGACGUCAGGGCCCAGUGCCGUGCUGCUGAGCACCGAGGACACCAACCGCGACUUCUUUCUGCAGGGAGUGGCUGUGUGUUUGGAUGCCAUGCACGAGGCCUUCCCUGCAACCAACAGCCUCCAGCGCACGACUAAAUUCUUCUACACACCAGCCCUUCGCCGCUCUGAGUCCGGCAUUCCCAUUGGCACAAACUCUUCCACCCCAUCCUCCAGUCGCCAUGUGCUCCAUCUGUACACGACCCCAGCGCCUGCAUUGGAGGUUCCCGGUGAGAAGGAAGCCCUGUACCUGCAUCUCCUGUUUGCACUGAAAGAUCCCAGCGUGGGAACGCUGGAGUCCAACUUUGCCUCCACCAUCUUUUAUGCCUUCAUUGCCUUACAGAAUCACUGGCAGGAGCUUGUGGAUGACAUUGAGCAAGGGAAGGUGAGCAGCGCUCUGGCUCUGGAUCCCAGACUGAGGGCCAGGCUCGAGGCGCUGAUGAAGCCAGAUCCACAGAGGGCCGCUCAGCUUCGGGCCCACUUUCAGAAUGGCUUCCGUGGAAUUGCCAAGCAGCUAUGGCCGCAGCUGAACCUGGUGCUGGCCGUGGACUCGGGCUCCAAUCAGAUCUACGGUGAAAUGCUGAGAGAGAGCUACUGCCGAGGCGUGCCGUUCUACUCGCCUUUCUACGCAGCCACUGAAGGUCUAAUAGGGGUGAACCUGUGGCCACAGGAAUCAAGCAGACGCUAUGUGUUGUGUCCUCGCUCCAUGUUCUGUGAGUUCCUGCCGGAAACGAGCCUGGAGGAUGCGUCACCCCACACUCUGCUGAUGGAGGAGGUGGUGGAGGGACAAAACUAUGAACUUGUCAUCACUAACGCUUCAGGUCUCUACAGGUAUCGUAUUGGAGAUAUUGUGAAAGUAGUUGGAUUCCACCAUAAGUGUCCUAUAGUUGAGUUUCAGUACAGACGGGGACAGAUGCUGAAUGUUCGGGGGGAGAAGGUGUCUGAGUUGUUGUUCCUGGGUGCUCUAAAGAAAGCUGUUGGCCAGUGGCCCCCAGCUCAACUGGUUGAUUACUGCUGUGCUGAGAGCGGCAUCAUGGGAGAUUCAAUAGGCGGCUCAGAUCCUCACUACCAGGUGUUUUUAGAGUUGAAAGGUGUGAGGAACCUCACGGAGGAGCAGCGAUACAAGCUGGACAUCUGUCUGCAGCAGGACUCGGCAGUAUACAAGUCAUUCCGCAUCAAAGGCAGCAUCGGCCCGAUGAGGGUUCAGCUGGUGGCGGAGGGUGCGUUCAGGGAGCUUCAAACGCAGAUGAUGGCCUCCUCCAACACCUCGCCCAACACCUUCAAAAUGCACCGAGUGCUGCACAGGAGAGAGGACGCUCACUUCUUACUGGGAAAAACUAUUUCCUGAAGCUGCCUGUUGAGGAAAUUGCCAUGACUGUGACUGAAGGAGAUGUUUCAAGAAUUUCACCACCUUUUUUGAUGUGCUCAAAAACUUAACAUCACUGAUUCUUUUGACAUUUGAAUAUUUCAACUUGCUUAUUUGUCUUAACCAUAUUUAUAAUUCUAAUAAAAUGAAAUGUGACAGUUCA